ACAUACAGAGUUAUUGUGAAUUGUCAUUCUCAUCUGCAACGGAUUUGUUGCGCAUUAAGAGGCGCUGGAGCGAGAGCAUCACUUCCUUCUGUCUGCGGGUUUUUAUUAAUUUGAAUUAUGAAUACUGUUAUAUGGGUCAUUGUGGCCCUUAAAAUAUUCCUAGUCUGCUGGCUAAUUUACAUUUUGACAGAAAGGCUCAAGAGGAAACAGCAACAAAAUGUCGUAAUAAUAGAAGAAGGCCCUGCACCAGCAGCAUAUGCAGGUGCACCAGUGACCCAGUUACCUAAAGAUUGCCAGGAAUUCUACAACCAACAGCUGUAUGCGUCACCCAAUAUGAUGCCACCUCCAGAGACAAACACAAUGGACCAGAGGCCUUCGAGUGAAGCGGUUGCCAGGCGCGUGUCCUUUAGCCUAGCCAUGCACCCUAGCUACACUCUGACUUGCACAAUUUUUGCCCAACAACAUCAACAUUAGUGUUAAAUCAAUGUUCAUCCCGGCACGGGAUAGUUGUGAGCACCACAAAGGCUGGAACAUUGAGGUCCAAUUUGUUUGGUAUUCUUUGCUGUCACGAGAAGCUUAGCUGCGAGCAACCGGCCGCGUCCACAACUUGCGAAUAGUGAAAUGCUCCAGCUGCAAUGGUAGUCGCGGACAAAUAACGGUAUUGAGCGGAGUGAGAGUGAGAGGCCGGGCGGCACCGGCUCUUGCACAAAUACUGAGUGCCUAUGAUGCUCAAUAUGACAAGGCGAGUAAUUGGAGCCUUUAAAUAACCAAUGGCCACCCUGUUCCCACGGCGAUCGGUCACCUACAGGCAACGGAAGACAAUGGUCCCGAAUUGCAAGCUGUGAAUGCUCUUUGAAUAUUUGACACAAUCUAAAUUUGAAGAAACCUAUAACUUUGAUUUCGUUGGCUAGAACACCUCACCUUUUGGGUCCGUCAAGACAGCUCACGAUUUUUAAGGGUACAGCGGCCAUCAACCUUCUUGACUUCAAAUUUGGAUAUCAGAUUAAGUAAAUCUAAGGACAUGCACGAGAAUUCAGUUAAAACGUCACAUACAUCCCCGUGAUGUGGCAUUUUUGCUAAUGGCAGAAUAGAGGAGAGAGCGACCCCUUUGAAAACAAAUAAAAAGAGAUCAUAUAGCGAAUAGACGAAAA